AUGGUAAAAACAGGAACCAGGCAUAACAUUAGGGAUUUAAACGAAUAUGCAACGGCAAUUGAGGCCUUUCGCUCAUGUGGAGAGUCUUUGGAUUCUUUUAGAUCUCUUGGACAGCUGUAUGUGGUCAAUGCCGAGGCGCUUGCAGAUCUGCUACGAGGCGAGCCAUUUUCAAAUAUCAGCAGGGAAUCUUUGAAGGCGUAUGCGGGGAGCAGGGCCGAUUUCAAGAAAGCCGGCCUAAAGAUGCUUUUCCGCUGA